GGAAUUGUAAGUGACUAACAAUUUGACAAUAUUUUAUGAAUACAGAGGAACUAUGUGGGCAGGAUAGUCAACUGUCACCGAUUUACACACCCUGAUUAUUGUUUACCUGUAAUCUCCACAGUAAAUUAGAAUGUCAGAAGAAUAUAAAGUAGGGAGCUUGUCUGAUGUCAUCCAGAAAUCAUCAAAAGCAAAGAAGAGAAAAUCAUCAGAAGGAGAAAUAGCCAAGCUAGCUUCUUUGUUUGCUGCACCAGCUAAAAAAAUUGAACCUGAGCCAAUUUCAUAUGUCAGUACAAAGAACACAACAUUAAAGACUGUCAAUGUCACUAAAAAUAAAGAGAAGAAAAUUCAUAAAAAAAGAAAGACAGGAUUGGACAUAAGUAUACCUACACAGAAUCAAGAAGGCUUUGACCCACCCCCAGGGAUAGUUCAUGAAUCAUUGCUUAAGGACACUACAGAUAGGACUGGUGAAGGCGAGAGUGAAGGAACAAAUUUGGUAGGGAGAAAACCUCGACAUAAAAGGAGAGACAGAACAAAAGAUUCAAGAACUGUAUUUGUUGGGAAUCUCCCAUUAUCAUUUGAUAAAAAGCAACUCAUGAAGAUUUUCAGAUCGUGUGGUAAAAUAGAAAGUGUCAGAUUCCGGUGUCCACCACCUGCAGAUUUGAAAUUACCAAAGAGAGCCAUUGCAAUCACGAAAACAUUUCACAAAGACAGACAUAAUAUCAUAUCCUAUGUAUGCUUUGAAGACGAGGAAAGUGCCAGAAGGGCUCUAUUAUUAAAUGGUCAGGACAUUGAUGGGUAUCACAUUAGAGUGGAUAUAUCUAACAAUGCAAAGAGGCAUGACGAUGCCAAUACAGUCUUCAUUGGAAACAUGACUUAUGAUAUAACAGAAAAUGAAGUAUGGAAUCAUUUUGAAGAUUGUGGAGAAAUAGAGAAUGUCAGAAUUAUACGAGAUAAUAAAACUGGCACAGGAAAGGGAAUUGGAUAUAUACAGUUCAAAGAAAAUGACGGUGUUAUGUUUGCUUUAAAGUUCCAUGAGAGUCAAUUAAAGGGGAGACAACUGAGGGUUAUGAGAUGUGAUGUGAAAGCAGCCCAGAAACAGAAAGAAAAAAUGAUAAUCAGUAAAGAAAGGAAAGCCUAUAAAUCUGGACCAAAACCUGGCAGGGAUAAUAAGAAACUGAGCUUCAGAAGUACCAAUAAGAAGACUGAUCCAUUUCAGCAUUUGAGUGACAGGAAAAAUAAACAUGUAAAGAAAUCAAACAAACAAAAACAUUUCAGAUUUGAUGAGAAAACAAAAGGACAACCAAAAGGUCAACCAAAAGGUCAACCAAAAGGAAAGAAAACCUUUAAUACAAAAGAUAAAAAAACGAAAAGCAAGAAAAUGAAUAAAUGAUACUGGAAUUUAAAAUUGUUUUUAAUUUGGGGAUUAAAGUUGGUAAUCCAAUUUCA